AUGAAGACUGAGGCAGCUUUUCGUUGCGACUACAGAUAUAGCACUGCAGCAAAUGGCUGGUUGAAACAUUACGUGAUACCAGCUACUUGGGCUGAUGCAAAUCUGCGCUGCACCUUGCAAGGUGCAAGACUAGCUUCUCCACUUAAAGUCGAAAUGGAAACUGAAAUGAAAAACAUCAUGCGAAAGUUCUUCACGUCUGAAUCGGAAGUCUUUACUGGAUUCCACGCGACUUAUUCACGAGGCAACUUCUACAGCACUGAAGGUGUACCCCUAAGCAAAAUGCACAUAGCAUGGGCAGAAAAGGAACCAAAUAAUGUUGGGAAUAAUGAAAACUGUAUCACGUUAAAUGUUAAUGGUGAAAUGGCAGAUAGAUCCUGUGACGAGCCUCGACCUUACAUUUGUUUCCGAUCAGCCGAUAUGAAGACCGAGGUCAACAAAUGCGGGACUAUAGAUCCGGAAUACGAAUUGGAUGAAGCUACGGACACUUGCUAUAAGUUCCACUCAGUGGCUCGAACAUUCUCUGGCGCACACUUCGCGUGUUCUGCUGAAGGUGGUCAUCUUGCCAUAAUCAAAAGCGAUGCCGAAGCAGCGGUGCUGAAAAAAGUCUUCGCAAAAUAUCCUGUCGCUAAGAUUUUGGGCUCUUUCAAGAAAGAUGUCGCAUUCGUUGGUUUCCACGGUUGGGCUGAAUCCUCUGACUGGAGGACCAUUCACGGUCAAACGCUACAAGAGGCAGGGUACAGCAAAUUUGCUUCUGGAGAACCAAGUAAUUCCACAACGGGAGAAUUCUGUGGUGGCAUAUGCCGAAGCGCUUUGUUGAACGACCUCGCCUCUUCUUCGUCAAAAGGAACUUCGUCAAACAAAGGGCCUACAACUGCCGUGUCUCUUUGCUUGAUGGUUAUUCUCAGGUUGCAAUUGGUUGUUCUCAUCAGCAUGAUUAUAGUUAGAACUACAGAGGGAGAAUUUCGUUGUGACUACAAAUACAGCCCAGCAGUGAAGGGCUGGUUCAAACAUUACGUGAUACCAGCUACUUGGGCUGAUGCAAAUCUGCGCUGCACCUUGCAAGGUGCAAAACUGGCUUCUCCACUUAACGUCGGUAUUGAGACUGAGAUGAAAAACAUCGUACGAAACUUCAUCAAGUCAGGAUCAGAAAUAUUUACAGGACUUCACGCAACUUUUUCACGAGGCAACUUCUACAACAUUGAAGGCGAAGCUCUACAAGAAAAUCAGUUAACUUGGACUGACAGCGAACCAAACAAUGAUGGGAAUAAUGAAACCUGUACCACGUUCAACGAAUAUGGCGAAAUGGCAGACAGAUCCUGUGACGAGCCUCGACCUUACAUUUGUUUCCGAUCAGCCGACAAUAAGACCAAAAUCAAUGAAUGCGGGACUAUAGAUCCAGCAUCCUGCAUCACUGGCCCACUCGCCGCUUACGAACAGCUUACACCCUCCGAGCAGGAUCACUACUCUCGCGACUCCACUCUGGCGGCCAAUGAAGGCAAGCCAGAGGCGGGAGACCUGUUCCUCAUCAUCGUUCACUCCGACCAGCCAAUGAAGGCAAGCCGGAGAUGA